UCAUUCAAUAAUCUUAUCUAAAUUCUUUUUAUAACAAAAAAAGAAGAGAAAGCACGUGUAAGUAAUAUGGUAGUCGACAUCGUAGCAAACGCAAAACGAAAGAGAACGCCGAGUGUGGGUGUUAUUUUCAUCAUCAACUACCGACGUUGACUCUAAGCAACUUUCAUUUCUCUCUCUUCUCUCUCUCUAUAACCGUAAAACCCCACUCUUAAGUCUCAACUACCAUUCCACACUCUUCUUCUUAAUUCUCUCUCUCUCUCUCUCUCUCUCUCUCUCUCUCUCAGAUCUACAAUUUCUCUCUCCAAUGGCUUCUACGGCUGUUGCAACCGCUGAUUCGCCGCAACAUCCAAUCACCGAACCCUCUCCUUCCUCUGUUGAUCGUAACGAUUCUUCCAAUUCUUCUCCUAACUUCUUCGCUGAUGCUGAAUUUCAGUCUCCGGAUGUAUUGAAGAGUGAAGAGUAUCGUCAAUUGUUUCGUCUUCCACAGGACGAAGUCCUUAUUGAAGAUUUUAAUUGUGCCCUCCAGGAAAACAUACUUAUUCAGGGUCACAUGUACCUCUUUGUCAACUACAUUUGUUUCUACUCGAACAUUUUUGGGUUUGAGACAAAGAGAAUUAUCCCGCUCCCUGAAGUAACAGGCGUACGGAGGGCAAAGACAGCUGGGAUCUUUCCAAAUGCCAUUGAGAUUAUUUCCGGGAGCAGGAAGCACUUCUUUGGAUCCUUCCUAUCUCGCGAUGAUGCUUUUAAGAUUAUUAAUGACGGAUGGUUGCGACAGGUCAAUGAUGCCAGAUUAAUCAUGGAACAGCAGGAAUCAACAUCCGAACUCAGCAGCCAAGAGAAUGGAUUUGUAACUGUUGACAAUGUCAAAAGUUCUGAUAUACUUGACAACGAGGCACUUUCUACUGACCUGAGCCAAGGUACUUCUAUGUGCAAAGAUGAGGGAGUUCCAUCCAUUGUUGGAGAAGACCCUACAUUGAUGGUUGUUCAAGAGAAGCAAUCCAGUGUUGAACAGGUUGCUGAGUCUGAAUUGAAUAAUAAUCCACCUAGAGUGAGUUCGAACUGGAAUGAAGAGGAUAUUGAUGCUCCAACAACCCCAGAAGGUUUUACGUGUGUUGCAGAAUCAAAGUUUCUGAUAAAGGUUGAAGACUUCUUUAGGUACUUCUUCUCGGAUGAUGCAAUACAUUUUCUUGAGUCUUUUCGUAAACAAUGCGGCGAUAAAGACUUCAAGUGUGCUUCAUGGCAUCCUCAAGAGAAAUUUGGGUAUGCUCGUGCACUGUCAUUUCAACAUCCAAUAAAAAUAUAUCUUGGAGCAAAAUCGGGUGGCUGCCAUGAGGUCCAGAAAUAUCGAGUUUAUAGGAACAGUCAUUUGGUUAUACAGACAUCGCAAGAAGUCAGUGACGUACCAUAUGCAGAUUAUUUUCAUGUUGAGGGAUUGUGGAAUGUAGAGAGAGACAAGGAUGAAUCAAAAGAAUGCUGCAUUUUACGGGUAUAUGUGAAUGUGGCAUUUUGUAAGAAAACUAUCUGGAGAGGCAAAAUAGUACAGUCAACAGUUGACGAAUGCAAAGAGGCUUAUGGAACAUGGAUAAACAUGGCGCAUGAGUUCUUGAAACAGAAGAACCUUGUAAAAGAAGAAAGUGGUUCCGUUGCUGCUGUAGUUCAAAAUGGCAAAAUGUUUUUUGAUCGAGAAGCAAAGACAGGAGAAACUUCAGAAGGAUCACAGGGUCAAAGUAAUCCUACAGGCAGAGAAACUACAUCCAAUGCCAUUGACGAUGCUAUUCGCAAUGUUAGUACUCAAUUGCAAGGAAAUUUCAUUGGCACACCGUCUGUUCCAUCUUUGUUCAGAGAGUUUGCGACAAAGAUUAGAUCAUCUUUGAAAAAUCAGAGCAAUCUUUCGCUGCUACUUGUUACCAUUUUUGCUCUGAUUUUCUUCAUGCAGCAGUUUAGUAUACUGAUGCUGUUGGCCAGGCCUCAACAUAUACAUAUGAACCCUCCUGUAGAUUUUAUGAACAAUGGAGUGACUAGAAAUCCUUCGGACAUAGCGUGGUUGGAGAAAAGAGUUCAUCACCUUAAAGAUGAGAUGUACAUGGUUGAGACUAGGCUUGAAAGAAUGCGGUAUGAGCAUGCUCUCUUAAAAAAGCAACUAAAAGAUCUAGAACAUAAAUAGCUCUCUCUCUCUCUCUCUCUAAAUAUAUGUGUUUAUAUAUAUAUUUUUUGUAUAUACAUGUAUGAUAUGAUGAGAUGUGAUAUGGAUGGAUAUAGCAUGAAAAUUCGAUAAUUCAUACCUCAUUGUAAAUGAAUUGUGUAUGUUAUGCCAAAAAUAGAACAAGCGAGGAAUUUGUGAUUCAUGAGUUGUUUCUCAUACUAUAAACAUCAGUUAUAUCCCCAAAUUGUACUUAAACUUUACAAAAUAAAUUUGGUAUAGUUAUUUUUAUUCAUGAAAAGCAA